UAAAGGCCCGACGUCGUUUCAAGUAGCCUGAAACCCUUUUCCCUCUUUCUCCUUGAGCAAAACCUCUGAGUCUCCCCAAUUUCAAUUUUCAAAGCGAAGUAUCAAUCUUGGGAUCUUUGAGCUUCUCCCAGUUUCAGCUAAAACCACCGAGAACAGCUACUGUAGUAUCACUACUGAAUCAGAAGUUGGCAUUGACUUUGGGUUGGACGUUGUCGGACUCAUUCUCUUAAAGAAGCUGGUUUUUUCCUUGCGAUGGCAUUAGUUGUGAUUUGUGGGCAACCCUGCAGUGGGAAGUCAAUGGCUGCCGUCUGCCUAGCUGAGGCUCUCAAAGAAUCCGGGUCGAAUCAUACUGUCAGGGUUAUUGAUGAAACUUCCUUUCAUCUUGACCGCAAUCAGAGCUAUGCCAAUAUGCCUGCGGAGAAGAAUUUAAGAGGGGUGCUGAGAUCUGAAGUUGAUAGAUCGGUGUCAAGAGACAGUAUCAUAAUUGUAGAUUCUUUGAAUAGCAUCAAGGGUUAUAGGUACGAGCUGUGGUGUUUGGCUCGUGCUGCAGGAAUAAGGUAUUGUGUGGUAUAUUGUGAUGCUGAUGAAACCCAUUGUAGAAAAUGGAAUGAGGAGCGCAGGGAGAAGGGAGAAGAUGCUUAUGAUGAUAAGAUUUUUGAAGAUUUGGUAAGGAGAUUUGAGACACCAGAUAGAAGAAAUCGGUGGGAUUCCCCUUUGUUUGAGUUAUGGCCACAUAGAGAAGGUAUAGUAGCAUCUUCUGCUGCCAUUCUAGAUGCGAUUUCGUAUCUGACAAAGAAGGUAGACUCAAAGACACGGGAUGUUAAAACUUUGCAGCCAACUAUUGCAACACAGAACACACGGUUUUCUGAGGCAAACUCUCUGUAUGAGUUGGACCGAGCUACACAGGAGGUGUCCAAUGCAAUUGUGGAAGCACAAUCACAGGCACUUGGCGGACCUUUAAAUGGAGUUUCUGUUGGUCAGGGGUUACCACCUAUCAAUAUUUCUAGACCAGUAGGCCUUCCAGAGCUUCGAAGCUUGCGGCGAACUUUCAUAAAAUUGACAGGGCAAACGAGUUUAAGUGGGCGACCGCCACCUUCUGAUGCAGACAGUGCAAAGAGGAUGUUUGUUGAUUACUUGAACAGGGAACUGGCAAAUGCGUGAGCGAGAUAAACAAGGUCAAUGUUAUAGUCUUUGGCAGGUGCCUUCAGUUUUUGAUACCGGUCUAGGUUGCGCCAGAUUCUUGUGCUGAUAAAACAUUCCCGCACUGAUGGGGAAUUGCCGCUGCGUUUUGCCAGGCAUUAUACAAAUGUCACCUGCUUAUCACUGUACUAUCAUUCUUACAUGUAUUAUUAAAAACUUGUUUAUUUUUUCUCUCUUAGAAUUCUUAGUUGGGUUUUCUUACUUUAACAAUUUGAUGGCAUGGUCCUGAAUUUUGAAUUCUUCUCCUUUA